AUGGCGGUGGCCGUCCUCUUCCCGCUGUUCGCGUCCAGCUUCCUCUCCUCGGACAAGAAGAAGAAUGACAAGGCGGCGCCCAAGAGGAGGAGCCCGAGGCGCGAGCAGCCGGCCCAGAACCAGGCCCAGCGUCCCCGGCCCUUCCCGGCGAGGAGCGGCCCCCAGGAGCGCGGCGGCGGCGCGCCCUCCGGCAAGGCGGCGUCGUUGCCGUUGCCGAGGCUGUCCAGGCCCUCGAAGCCCGCGGCGGGCACCAGCGCCCUGAGCGCGGACGACUCCUUCGAGCGCCUGAUCGACCAGGCGAUGGAGGGCGAGGAGACCAAGGCCAGCGGCUCCAAGCUGCAUGCCGCCGUGAAAGCUGGGGACCUGCAGCGCGCCGAGGAGAUCGUGAGGCAGAUGAAGGCGGCGGGCACGCCGCUGUCGGUGGUGGUCCUGGGGCUGCUGGUCAACGCCUACGCCAAGGCGGGCGACGCCCCCGGAGCAGAGCGCUGGCUCACAGAGCUCACCACCAGUGGCGUUGGCAGGCCCAACGCGAUCUGCUUCAACAUCGCGAUCUCCGCGUGCGCGAAGGCGGGCGACGUGGCCAGCGCGGAGAAGUGGCUGCUGAAGAUGCCGGAGCUCGAGGUGGAGCCGGAUUGCAUGAGCUACAACGCCGUCAUCGACGCCUGCGCGCGCGUGGGCGACCCGAAGCGCGCAGAGUGGUGGCUGCAGGCGAUGCGAAAGACCGACCUUGCGCCCAACGUCGUCACGUACAGCUCCGUGGUGCACGCGUGUGCCAAGGCCGGAGACAUGAGGCGUGCCGAGUGGUGGCUUCAGCAGAUGGCGCAGGACGGCGUGGAGCCCAACGCGAUCUGCUACAACGCUGUUGUGCACGCCUGCGCUCGCAGCGGCGACGUGGGCCGCGUCGUGCACUGGAUCGACGAGAUGGUGGCGCGCGGGGUGCAGCCCACAGUGAACACCUACAGCAGCGUCAUGGACCGCUUGGCGAAGUCGGGGGACGUGGAGGCCGCGGAGCGUUGGCUGCUGCGGAUGAUCCGAGAGGGCGUGGAGCCCGAUGUGGUCAGCUACAACAUGCUGCUGUGCGCGUGCAAUCGCUGUAACGACAGCCAGCGCGCGCAGAAGUGGUUCACGACGAUGCUGGACAAGGGCAUCUCGCCGAGCACGGUCUGCUUCAACCUGCUGAUCAACGUGUACGCGCGCAACGGAGAUGUGGCUGGCACCAGCCAGUGCCUCGAGCUUAUGAAACAGCACGGAGUCGUCCCGGACCGCGUCAGCUUCAACACCGCGAUCAAGGCCUCGACCAGGACUGGGGACGAGGCUGGCGCGAACGCGAGGUACCAGGAGAUGAGGCGGGCUGGGCUCGAGCCAGAUGUGGUCACCUUCAACGCCCUCAUCGGCACGAGUGCUCGCGUGAAGAACGUGGACUGCGCCGAGCGCUGGCUCCGGGAGAUGACAGCGCACGGUUGCGAGGCUGACGCCGUGAGCUACACCACCUGCAUCGACGCCUGCAACCGCGCGGGCGACGCCGUCCGCGCGGAGCACUGGCUUGUCGCAAUGGAGGAGGCUGGCCUGGUGCCGAAUCUGAAGACCUAUGGCACGAUCCUGCACUCGCUUGUCAAGGUUGGCGACAUUUCCCGCAUCGAGGCCAUGGUGGAGAGGAUGCACAAGCUUGGGCUGGAGGCUACUCUCUCGAUGUAUAACGCCCUCAUCAGCGCCUGCGCGAAGAAGGGGGAUGCCGACACGGCUGAGAAGUGGUUGAAGCGCAUGCUCGACAGGAGCAUCGAGGCCGAUGUGGUAAGCUAUUCCACAGUCAUCCACGCGUGCGCCAAGUCCAGCGAUCUGACUCGGGCGGAGGCAUGGAUGGCUCGCAUGACCAGUGCCGGCGUCCACGGAAACGCCAUCACAUACAACACCUUGAUUAAUGUCUGUGCUCGUGUUGGCGAUGCCGACCGCGCUGAGGGAUGGCUGUCCAAGAUGGAGGGUGCUGGCUGUGAGCCCAGCGUGCUUUCCUACAACUCUGUCAUCAACGCGUGCGCGAAAGCUGGCGAGUGCGCCCGCGCGGAGCAGUGGCUGCAGUGCAUGAGGAGCAAGGGGAUCUCGCCGGACAGCGUAAGCUACUCCACGGUCAUCCACGCGUGCGUCAAAUCUCACCAGCUCAUGAGGUCGGAGCACUGGCUGCGCGAGAUGUGCAACGCAGGCGAGCCUUUCAGCGCCUUCUGCCAUGACUCCGUCAUCCAGGCCUGCGCCCAUGCUGGCCAGUUCGAUCGGGCAGAGCACUGGCUGAAUGAGGCCCUCAAGCACACCAGGAACCUGAACCCAAACUCCUUCACCAGCCUCAUAUCUAGGUGCGCCCGCAACGGCGAGCUCGACAAGGCUGAGCACUGGCUCGCAGAAAUGGAGAAGUACGCAGUGGUGCCGGCCGCCGUGUACCAGGUCGUAGCUGCUUGCCAGGGGCGUGCUGGCAAGGCCGACCGCAGCCGGGAGCUCCUCCGCAAGUGCAACUGA